AUGGAUAAAAUCGUGAGACCAGUUUUCACUUUAGAAUUAAAUUGUAAAAUUCUACCGGGUCUAGUCACUAUUGGAAAAUACGACGGAGCUCAUCCUUGCAUCACUGCUGCCACUACAACCGAUAAGGUGUUGAUUCAUAGUCCGCAUAGAAGAAAUACCAAUACAACUGGAAGGGUUUUAUGGUCGGAUUCGAACAAAGAAAUUGCUUAUUUGAAUAUUAAUCAAACGAUAACGUGUUUAACUGCAGGAACCAUACUUCCAAAUGAAGAUAAAGACGUACUACUCAUAGGAACCAGCACUCAUUUACUAGUUUACCACGUUCAUGACAAUAAAGAUAUUUUAUAUAAAGAAUGUCCAGAUGGAGUACGUUCUAUAGCUGUCGGGACAUUCAAAGACGUGAAGAACAUCAUGAUGGUGGGUGGAAAUUCUUCCGUACACGCUUAUGAUAAUCGAGGAAAUGAAAUAUUUUGGACGGCCGUUGGAGAUAUAGUAACGUCACUAAUUUUUAUGGAUUAUAAUCAAGACGGACAAAACGAAUUAGUUGUAAGUUCGGAAGAUUACAAUAUUAGAAUAUUCGAUAAAGACAAGAUGCUAGCGGAACAUUUAGAAACAGAAGUAGUGACAAAUUUACUACCAUUACAUGAAAACUUAUUCGCUUAUUCCGUCUCUAACGGGACAAUAGGUAUAUACGAACAAGACGUACGAUUAUGGAGGGUAAAGUCGAAACAUUUCGCAAUUUCACUACAUUCUUACGACCUACUAGGUCAAGGUAGUCCCCAAUUGGUCACAGGAUGGUCCAACGGUAAAAUAGAUUUCAGAUCUGUUAAAACCGGCGAAGUUCUUCAUAAAGAUUCGACGGGAUCCGGCGUAUCAGGUAUUAUCGAAGGUGAUUAUAGAUCAAUGGGGAAAACCGAUUUAAUAUGCGUAUCAUCCGAAGGCGAAGUAAGAGGCUAUACAACAACAAAAAAUGUAACGACUAGCACCGAUUCAGAAACAGAUCAAAAUAUUAUUCGGGAAUUAUUGGCAGAGAAACAAUCUUUAUUGAUGGAAUUGAAACAAUACGAUACCAAUAAUAAAUAUAACGAAAAUAUUUUCCACGAAACAGAGUCGUAUGAAAAUAGCGGUGUCAUACCGGCUAGUACCAGAUUAGAACUAGCGAUUACUACCAACGACACGAAUCAUAAUCAAAAACCACACGUAGAACUCUAUCUCUGUACCAACAAUUCAACUAUAAUAAAGGCAGCCAUCAUUUUUGCUGAAGGAAUAUUUAAUGGAGAAACACAUGUAGUUCAUCCCCCUAUGACAAAAUUAAAAUCGCAAUUACUGAUUCCUCUAUAUUUACCAAAAGAUUGUCCUGUAGAUAUUCACGUCAAGGUACUGGUUGGUUUUCCAAACAGCUGCCAGUUUCACGUGUUUGAGGUAACAAGACAAUUACCGAAAUUUUCAAUGUAUUCUUUAAAAGAUGUAGACAGAAAAAUAAGAAGCGACAGUUUCGUCAUAAUCAAAUUAAACGAAAGGUUACAGAGAAUUUGCAUGUGGGCGAAUCAAAAUUUUUUACUUAGCGAAGAGGUCAAAUUCGAAUCUGGUACUACGUUGAAGUUUUCUUUUAAAUGUUUGCGAGACGGUUCUAAUUUGGAUAUGGUGUUCGAAAAUAGUGGAAAAGUUACAGUUUUUACUAAGGAUAUAGCUUUAGCUGCGGAUUUAGUACAGUCUUUAGCUGCUCAUUUGAAUAUAAACAGUUUAGAGGCAACUGCUUCCUUUCCACUGGAAGAAGACAAAAUUACAACUUUAAUGGGGAGAUUACAAGAAAUCCAAAAUGCUCGGUUGCAUUUAGAAACGGACGUAGCAGAUAGAAUGUCCCAAAUAAGAGGGUUGAUUGUCCAAGCAGAAGAUUGUAGAAUUAACGAUUUAGAGAAUUUGUCUGCUCAAUAUAACGAAUUAAUGAUCGUCAACAAAGAAUUGAUUAACGGAUAUAAUAUUAAAGUUCAAAAUUACAAUGAGGGUGUUGAAACGAUGAAAACCAUCAAUUCCAUUAUCCAAAAAGCGUCUAGGUUACGAGUUGGACAAAAGUCGUCGAAUAUGAUUAACUUUUGUAAAACCUGCUUGAACAAUAACAGCCCAGAAGGUUUGAUCAAAGUGAUAAGAACGGGAGAAAUUUGA